AUGGAACGCAUCACCAGAACACAGACCUCCUCCACGGAGACGUCUCCCCGCUUGAGACCUGUUGACUCGAAACUCGAGACAUCAUCAGAGACAGAGUCUGGAUAUGCCUCAGCAACAUCCUCCACAGCCACUCUGCCACAGGUCUCAUUUACACCUUACCAUCUCAAGCACAUCAACGCACAAUUAGAGAAGAUGCACCCGAUGGAUAUCCUCCGCUUCUCAAAGGUGCUCUUUCCCAACCUAUAUCAAACAACAGCAUUCGGCCUCACAGGUCUCGUGACCAUCGACAUGCUCUCCAAGAUCCAGACCGAGUCACCAGACUCCCAGCCGGUCGACCUCAUCUUCCUCGACACUCUAUAUCACUUCCAGGAGACCUACGACCUCGUCGAGCGCGUCAAGCAACGAUAUCCAAACAUCAAGGUGCACACAUUCAAGCCCGACGGCACUGACACAGCCGCCGAGUUCGAGGAGAAGUACGGCGAGAAACUGUACGAGGUGGCGUCGGAGUUGUACGAUUGGAUCGCCAAGGUCGAGCCGCAGCAACGCUCGUACGCCGACCUCAACGUGGCCGCCGUGCUGACCGGCCGCCGGCGCUCGCAGGGCGGCCAGCGCAACACGAUCCCGGUCAUCGAGAUCGACGAGGAGCGCGGCGUCAUCAAGAUCAACCCGCUCGUCAACUGGUCCUUCAAGGACGUGCAGAGCUACAUCAAGGAGAACGACGUGCCCUACAACGCCCUGCUCGACCAGGGCUACAAGUCCGUCGGCGACUGGCACUCGACCAGUCCCGUCGCGGAGGGCGAGGACGAGCGGGCCGGCCGCUGGAAGGGCCAGGAGAAGACCGAGUGCGGCAUCCACAACAAGAAGUCCCGCUAUGCACAGUUCCUCGAGGAGAUGGAGCGCAAGCAGAAGGAGGAGGAGCUCGCCAAUGCGUUCGAGAGCAAUCAGGAACGGACGAUCGUGGACACCUCCGUCCAGGUAUCAUAG